AUGGCCACGUGUCCACGCUGGAUACGGGGGUUUGAGCAGGCAGGAGCAAGCACGCACGGCUACUUUCAGGCGGGUAGCUUUCAGCAUUCUGAAUCGGUCAUGCGGAUGUCUCAGCGGCUGCUGGCGGCUGGGAGCAAGCAAGGGGAGGCAAUUGCCCCUCCGGUGCUGGCUGACUCCCUGCAGCCACUCACCUCUGACCUUGCCUGCAGUGGCAACUCCAACCGGGUGGAGAAGGAGGCUGACUUCGUGGCUGGGAAAGAUCUGAGUCAGGAAACAAAGAGGCACGGCGGAGCCUGGGGGACACAACUACAAGGCCGAUAUAGCUUUAAAGACUUUGUGCUGAACCUCACUAGACAGGCAAAUGCCGGCAUCCGGUUCCAUUUCAGCAGUUCUAUAGGGUUCAUUUCCUUGGCUUCCUCGCCCUUCUGCCAGGUCCACCUAGUUGCACAAAUGCCAGAACGGUGGCGCUUUGGUGCUAGAUUGACAGCCAACUAUCUGGAAGACCACCAGAAUGCUAAAGUAGGAGGAACCUCCCUAAAAACCCCAGCAGGGCUUGAACUGCCUGCCUUUGACAAGAUGCUGCACCUCUGGCCCAGCUCCCGCCUCCUGGGAGAGACCAGCUCUGCACCUGAUUGGCUACUGAUCCAUCAAAUAGAACCCCUGCUGGCUGAUUUACCUGUUGCUUCCUCCACCGGGUUCCACACUUUGUUCCCACGCUGGAGAGAAAGAGAAGUUGGCUGCCUGGUGAACAGGAGCUUGGUUCAGUCUCUGACAUCCGGCACUUGUUUCCCCCCAAGUCCUCUUUUCUCCAAUGAUGGGUCCUUGUGGCGUGACCCCCCGCCUCUAGCCUCAGCGGAUUCCACCUGGAACGUGGCUGAAAUAGCUGAUUGGCAGAAGCAUCUGGAAGAGAAGGAGCUGAGUCCCUUGGAAGGAGACAGCACAGAAUUCCUGGAUGCAGAAGACCCCGAGCUCGAGGCUAUCAAAGCCAAGAUUCGGGAGAUGGAGAAGGAGGAUGAGAGGUUCCAAGGCCUGCAGACAGAUGCAAAGCAGUUCAUCUUUGGCCCAGAGACAGGUUUUCCUUUCACUGACCUGGCAGAAGAAAAAGUUGAAGCUGACCAGCGCUCCGUCUAUGUGGGAAACGUGGAUUAUGGCGGAACAGCAGAAGAGCUGGAGUCCCAUUUCAACAGUUGUGGGGAGAUCAACCGAGUCACCAUCCUCUGUGAUAAGUUCUCCGGACACCCCAAAGGGUAUGCCUACAUUGAAUUUGCUCACGAGAGCUCUGUGCAGGCCGCUGUGGAGCUACAUGAGAGCCAUUUUCGAGGGAGAGUCAUCAAGGUGCUUCCCAAAAGGACUAACAUGCCUGGUAUCAGCACCACUGACCGUGGAGGUUCCCGGGGCCGUUUCCACAGCCGAGGGGGCCUGCCCCAGCGGCCUGGAUUCUGCAGAGGACCACGUUCAAGGCCACAUGGAAGAGUGUACAGGGGCCGCGGAAGGAUAGCCAAUUGGUACGCACCUUACUAGGUGGCAGGACAAGGUGAUCCAGGAGCUGCUAUAGGACAGAACUUGCAAGGGACGGAUGCAGCAACAACCUGGGAAUGGACCUAAGCCAAAGACUAUAUUUUAAUUCAUUGUUGGAAAAGAUCUGUGGUGCACUUGGGAGGGCUGAUCUACAAAAGAAAGAGGAUCGCUGCUCCUUGCGUUGCCACA